AUGUCCCAAUUCAAUUCAGACUCCAGUGCCAGCAAAGACCUUAUCAAAGGUGCGUUAGACGUGGACCCUUGGUUGGAGCCAUUUUCUCCGCAAUUAAUUAAUCGUCAAUUACAAUUCAAAGAAUGGCAUGAAUCAUUAUUGAAGAGUGAAAAAUCAUUGGAUUCUUUUGCUUCUUCAUAUGAAAAGUACGGGGUUCAUGCUGACUGGAAUACCAAACAGAUUACAGUCACUCAGUAUGUUCCAGAUGUAAAGGAAGUUUCCAUUGUUGGAGAUUUUAAUCAUUGGAACCCCAAUAGUCACAAAUUGGGUCAAGCUAAUAAUUUUGGAUUAUGGUCUUUAACUAUAGAUGCGGUUGACGGAGAGUUUGUAAUCCCUCAUGAUUCUCGUUAUAAGAUCAGCAUGCUUUUACCCUCUGGAGAACGUAUUUACCGUCUUGAUCCGUGGGUGAUUAGAGCCACUCCCUCCACUGAAAAUACUCUUUAUGAAGGACGUUUUUGGAACCCAAACCCAUCGGAUGUAUAUAAAAGAAAGACUCCAAGGCCUAAGAAUAAGGACGGUAUCAAAAUUUACGAAGCCCAUGUUGGGAUUUCUACUCCGGAAGCAAAAGUUGGUAGUUACAAGAACUUCACCACCAAAAUUUUGCCAAUUAUUCAUAGAUUGGGUUAUAAUACCAUCCAAUUGAUGGCUGUAAUGGAACAUGCUUAUUACGCUUCUUUUGGGUAUCAAGUUACCAAUUUUUUCGCUGCUUCGUCUAGAUUUGGUAGCCCGGAAGAUUUGAAGGAGUUAAUUGAUGAAGCUCAUAGGUUAGGAAUUAGUGUUUUACUUGAUGUUGUUCAUUCCCAUAGUUCUAAAAAUGUUGAAGAUGGUUUAAAUAUGUUCAAUGGUACUGAUCAUUACUUAUUUCAUGGAGGUGCUAAAGGAAACCAUGACUUAUGGGAUUCAAGAUUAUUUAAUUAUUCCAAUUAUGAAACUUUAAGAUUUUUAUUAUCGAACUUGAAAUUCUAUAUUGAAUUCUAUGGGUUUGAUGGUUUUAGAUUCGAUGGUGUUACAAGUAUGCUUUAUAAACAUCAUGGUUUAAGUUAUGGUUUUAGUGGUGAUUAUAAUGAAUAUUUUAAUCCUGAUUUGGUUGAUAACGAUGCAAUUACUUAUUUAAUUCUAGCUCAUAAAUUACUUGAUGAAAUUUCAAUUCGUGAAGAUAUCACUUUAACUACAAUCGCAGAAGAUGUUAGUGGUAUGCCCACUUUAUGUUUGCCUGUAAAUAAAGGGGGUAUUGGUUUUGACUAUAGAUUAUCUAUGGCUAUUCCCGAUAUGUGGAUUAAAAUUUUGAAGCAUUUAACUGAUGAACAAUGGGAUCUUGGUCUGAUUGUUCAUACUUUAACUAAUCGUAGGUAUGGUGAAAAAUGUAUUAGUUAUUGUGAAUCUCAUGAUCAAGCUUUAGUUGGUGAUAAAACUAUUGCCUUUUGGUUAAUGGACAAAGAAAUGUAUACUAAUAUGUCAGUCUUGACUGAGUUAACCCCAGUUAUUGAUCGUGGUAUCUCUUUACAUAAAUUAAUUCGAUUACUUACGUUUUCCUUGGGAGGUGAAGGUUAUUUAACUUUUGAAGGUAAUGAAUUUGGCCACCCUGAAUGGUUGGAUUUUCCUCGUGUUGGUAAUGAUGAAUCUUAUCAUUAUGCUAGAAGACAGUUUAAUUUGAUUGAAGAUGAUUUAUUAAGGUAUAAAUUUUUAUUCGAAUUUGAUGCAGCAAUGCAACAUUUAGAUACAAAAUAUAAUAUAUUAUUAUCACAACAAGCUUAUGUUUCAUUAAAACAUGAAGGAGACAAGGUUUUAGUUUUUGAAAGAAAUGGUUUAUUAUUUAUUUUUAAUUUCAAUUCUACUCAAUCUUUCCCUGACUAUAAAGUUGGUGUUGAAUCCCCUGGGGUUUAUCAAAUUGUCUUGAAUUCUGAUGAUCCUAAGUUUGGUGGUCAUGGUAGGAUUGAAGAAGUCACUUCUACCGGUGAGAAGUUACAAUUUUUCACGAAUAAUGAUCCUUGGAAUAACCGUGCAAAUUCUUUAUUUGUUUAUAUUCCAAGUAGAACUGCAAUUGUUUUACAAUUGAAAGACAGAGUUUAA